CGAAUACAAGUUAUAAUUUUACUCGUUGCAGCAUCAUUUACCAGUUGCCAUAAACUUGUGACUAUAUUAUCCGAUUUUACAAGCCCCUCGGACUUAUUUUUUUUUAAAAGAACAUUGCCCUGGAUUGUCGAUAAUAUUGGUUCUGAUAUAAUCUUAGACUAUCAUUUUAAAGACAGUGGAAAAAAUUCAGGUCCAAGAAAGUGUGCUUUAUCUCAACUAAAACAUAAUGCAUACUUGCAAUCUAUAUACCUACAGUGUGAAGCGCAGAAAAAUUUAAGACAGGUAUGUCUGGAUGAAGUAUUUAUAAACAGUAAUGAACUACACAAGUGCAUUAGAUUUAGUGUCAACAGUUUUGUAAAUCAAGCUGAAAAUGAAUUUAGUAAAAAUAAUCCAUCUAAAACACCAGCAAUAUAUGUUUUGGGGAAGAAAAAUAUCAUGGACGUGAAUCCCCGAAAUGUUUUAAGAGAAAUUUGUAAUUUGUUUGGAAAGAUAAAGCCACAUGGUUGUGUGAAUCCCAGCAGCAUGCCAAAAGAUCCUAAAAAUGGUCCAGCAGAUUCCAAUUCAAAUAUAAAACCUACUCCUAAAAAUAAAGAACAACCUCCUCUAACAACAGAAAGUGAAAGUACAGGACAAACCAUAGAAACUUCCGGUGUGACAACAUCAGAACUUUCCACAUUUCCAGAUAGGAGGCCAUAUUCAUUUUCAAGCACAAACUCAACUAAUAUUGUAACCGAAAUGUCUUCGUUAGUAACAACUUCAGAUCCUGAAAAUAAUUUUAUGACUGAAAGAAGUUCCAUUAUCAAUGAGGCUGCUUCCCUAGGUCCUGAACAAAUAACAAAUCCCGAAAAAUCCGGAUUAAAUGAAUUACCACUUGCGAGUACAUCCACAACUUUAGCUUUAGAAACAAGCCCUUCGGUCACAAAGUCUCAAACAGGUGCACAUAUAACAAGACCUCAUAAAAUAAAGCCGCCGAAAACAAAACCACAUAUAACAAAGCACCCAAAACAUAAACCUUCAGUAACAAAACUACCAAAAUCACAUAAAACAAAACACACUGUAACAGUACAACCAACAACUAUAAGUUCAACCCCUAUUAUAACUGUUGUAACUGAAACUACGCUGUCUCCUUUAGAAACAUCAUCACUCGACCCUAUGAAUCGGCCGGAAAUAUCUAGCCUAGCAACAGAAACCUCAUUUACACCAAUUUCAACACCGAGAGUCACUGAUAUGAUGACAGAAUCAUAUAUAACUUCGAAAAACCCAACUAUGGAUACUCAAAAUCCCAACAUAUCUAUUACGACACACGAAACUUCUUCACCAAGCGACGCAAAGCCACCGAUUUCAACACCAGAGAUUACUAAUAUAAUAACAGAGACACCUUUAACUUUCAAUCCUAUUGAAACUACCGCCCGGGGAGAAAAUUCAUUACCAAGUGUGACUAUGACAUCCAUGAAAAUUUCAGGCGAUUCUCAAACACCGACAGUAACGACUAUACCUGGGGAAAAUCCAGCUAGUGGAACAACUGUCUCACCCGGACAGACUCCUUUACCUGGUGGGACUCAUCCACCAAAUCUGACUUCUCUUCCUGAAGAAAGUCCAGAUUCUGAAGAAUCUGCUGAAUCAGAAGUAACACAUCCACCUUCAGUAACGACUGCCCCGGAAGGAACAUACAAACCCGAGAAUGGAGUUACUGCCUCAUCAGGACAAACCAGUGCACCCGCUGAAAGUCAUCCACCUAAUAUGACUUCCAUGACAUCCAUGACAACGUCAGGUCAUUCUCAAACACCGAUAGUAACGACUAUACCUGGGGAAAAUCCAGCUAGUGCAACAACUGUCUCACCCGGACAGACUCCUUUACCUGGUGGAACCCAUCCACCAAAUCUGACUUCUCUUCCUGAAGAAAGUCCAGAUUCUGAAGAAUGUGCUGAAUCAGAAGAAACACAUCCACCUUCAGUAACGACUAUACCGGAAGGAACAAACAAACCCGAGAAUGGAGUUACUGCCUCAUCAGGACAAACCAGUGCACCCGCUGAAAGUCAUCCACCUAAUAUGACUUCCAUGACAUCCAUGACAACGUCAGGUCAUUCUCAAACACCGAUAGUAACGACUGUACCUGGGGAAAAUCCAGCUAGUGCAACAACGGUCUCAUCCGGACAGACUCCUUUACCUGGUGGAACCCAUCCACCAAAUCUGACUUCUCUUCCUGAAGAAAGUCCAGAUUCUGAAGAAUGUGCUGAAUCAGAAGAAACACAUCCACCUUCAGUAACGACUGCACCGGAAGGAACAAACAAACCCGAGAAUGGAGUUACUGCCUCAUCAGGACAAACCAGUGCACCCGCUGAAAGUCAUCCACCUAAUAUGACUUCCAUGACAUCCAUGACAACGUCAGGUAAUUCUCAAACACCGAUAAUGCCUGGGGAAAAUACUGCUAGUGGAACUACAGCCUCGCCUGGACAGACACCUUUACCUGGUGUAACUCAUCCACCAAAUCUAACUUCUCUUCCUGAAGAAAGUUCAGAUUCAGAAGAAUCUGCUGAAUCAGAAGAAACACAUCCACCUUCAGUAACGACUACACCGGAAGGAACAAACAAACCCGAGAAUGGAGUUACUGCCUCAUCAGGACAAACCAGUGCACCCGCUGAAACUCAUCCACCUAAUAUGACUUCCAUGACAUCCAUGACAACGUCAGGUCAUUCUCAAACACCGAUAGUAACGACUGUACCUGGGGAAAAUCCAGCAAGUGGAACAACUGUCUCACCCGGACAGACUCCUUUACCUGGUGGAACUCAUCCACCAAAUCUGACUUCUCUUCCUGAAGAAUGUUCAGAUUCAGAAGAAUCUGCUGAAUCAGAAGAAACACAUCCACCUUCAGUAACGACUGCACCGGAAGGAACAAACAAACCCGAGAAUGGAGUUACUGCCUCAUCAGGACAAACCAGUGCAUCCGCUGAAAGUCAUCCACCUAAUAUGACUCCUAUGACAUCCAUGACAACGUCAGGUAAUUCUCAAACACCGAUAAUGCCUGGGGAAAAUACUUCUAGUGGAACUACAGCCUCGCCUGGACAGACACCUUUACCUGGUGUAACACAUCCACCAAAUCUAACUUCUCUUCCUGAAGAAAGUUCAGAUUCAGAAGAAUCUGCUGAAUCAGAAGAAACACAUCCACCUUCAGUAACGACUGCACCGGAAGGAACAAACAAACCCGAGAAUGGAGUUACUGCCUCAUCAGGACAAACCAGUGCACCCGCUGAAAGUCAUCCACCUGAUAUGACUUCUAUGAUAUCCAUCACAACGUCAGGUAAUUCUCAAACACCGAUAAUGCCUGGGGAAAAUACUGCUAGUGGAACUACAGCCUUGCCUGGACAGACACCUUUACCUGGUGUAACUCGUCCACCAAAUCUUACUUCCCUUCCUGAGGAAAAUCCCGAUUCAGAUGCAACUGCUGAAUCAGCAGCAACCCAUCCACCCACUGUUACAACUGCUCCCGAAGAAACAACAGAGUCUUGUGGCUGUUCCGAUUCAGAAAAAUCUCACGAACCAACAGAUAACGAAGAGUCAUCCAAAAAAAAACCUCUUAUAGACAUAAAUCUAGAUGUUUUACUAAAACCACUACUGGGAAAUAUCUUAUAAAUUAUAUCUAUUUACGUGAAGUUUUAUCAUUUAAACCGUCCUACUACCU